ACGUGGAACAGUUUGUCAUUCUCCGUUUGAUGCUUCUUCAUAUAUUUAUGAAACAUACAUGACAUAAUGACAGGUUUCAUACAAAGUAUCCAUAUACGAGAUGGAGAAUAUACUAAAAUUAUUUACACUAUGAUCAAAGAGCAACGAUAUACUGACAGCAUUCAUGUACUGACAGAUCUCCUGGCAUCUCAUCCUGACUCAAGACCAUGCUUGUCCUUACUGGCCCAUUGUUACUUUUACACCCAAGAUUUCAUCGCCGCGGCUGAUUGUUAUGAAAAACUGGUUCACUUGUGUCCAGAUGAAAAACUUUACAAGCUUUAUUAUGCACAAUCACUUCAUCAAGCUUGCUUGUUCCAAGAAGCAUGGAACGUAUGCUUAACGAUUGCUAACCAGUCGAAUUUAGAUACUCAAGUUAAAAAAUUACAAGCGGCUAUUAAAUAUGGACAAGAAGACAUUAUCGCUGUGAAAAAUCUUAUCGAUCAGUGUCCUGCUGAUGACAUUGAUACGGAAAUAAAUUUAGGUUGUCUUCUGUACAAAGAGGAGCAGUAUGAAAAAGCACUGAAAAAAUUUUUGAGCGCGCUUCAGAUUGCGGGAUUCAAACCGCACUUGUCUUAUAAUGUCGCUCUGUGUUAUUAUAAAUUAAGAGAAUAUUCAGCAUCUUUGAAACACAUCGCGGACAUUAUUGAGCAAGGAAUUAGAGAACAUCCAGAGCUGAGUGUUGGAGUAACGACUGAAGGAAUUGAAGUCCGGAGUGUUGGUAACACGUUGACUUUACAUGAGACUGCUUUGACUGAAGCUUUUAAUUUGAAAGCGGCUAUAGAAUAUCAACUGAAAAAUUACGACGCAGCCAAAGAGGCUCUCACGGACAUGCCACCCAGAUCGGAAGAGGAACUGGAUGCUGUGACAUUGCACAACCAGGCGCUAAUUAACAUGGACACUAAACCAAAUGAAGGAUUUGAAAAACUACAAUUUUUGCUCCAGCAAAAUCCAUUCCCGCCUGAAACGUUUGCUAAUUUACUUCUGUUGUACUGCAAGUUUCAAUACUACGAUCUUGCAGCUGAUGUCCUAGCAGAAAAUGUUCACUUGACUUACAAGUACCUGACUCCGUAUCUGUACGAUUUCUUGGACGCUUUAAUAACUCAGCAGACGGCGCCCGAAGAAGCUUACAGGAAACUAGAUGAUCUUGCCAACAAACAUUGCGAGACUUUGAGAAAAUUAGCAAAGCAAGUCCAGGAAGCGCGACUCAAUCACGACGACAAUGCUGUCAAAAAAACUGUCAAUGAAUACGACGAAACGUUAGAACGUUACAUUCCUGUUUUAAUGUCACAGGCUAAAAUUUACUGGGACCUGGAGAAUUAUGUCCAGGUUGAAAAAAUUUUUCGCAUGAGCGCUGACUUCUGUAACGACCACGACGUCUGGAGACUGAACGUGGCCCACACUCUUUUCAUGCAGGAAAAUAAAUUCAAAGAAGCCACCGGUUUUUACGAGCCGAUUGUCAAAAAAAAAUAUGACAGCAUCCUAGAUGUGAGCGCGAUAGUUCUUGCGAACUUAUGCGUAAGCUACAUAAUGACGACGCAGAAUGCCGAGGCCGAGGAGCUGAUGAAAAAAAUCGAAAAAGAAGAAGAAACAGUUGCCUUUGAAGAGCAAGACAAAAAAUUAUUCCAUUUGUGUAUCGUUAACAUGGUGAUUGGUACACUUUAUUGUGCUAAAGGCAACUACGAGUUUGGAAUAUCGAGAGUGAUGAAGAGUCUGGAGCCUUACAACAAAAAAUUAGGCACUGACACCUGGUUUUAUGCCAAGAGAUGUUUCCUGUCGCUUCUUGAACAGCUGGCCAAGCAGCUCGUUGUCCUAAAAGACUUUACCAUUCAAGAAUGUAUUCAAUUUCUUGAGCACUGUGAAGCGUAUGGUAAAGAUGUCUCGACGAUAAUUGACCAGCCAUAUGACAUCAAUGAACUCCCGUUGAUUCCUGAUGCGAAACAUACUGUCACAUAUGAAGCGCGAUUUUUGAAAGCGCUGUUUCUAAAAAUACAAAUGUCUUAAUCUCAAUUAAGUAUUUAUUUAUUUUAACAAAUGACUAAUUUAAUUUAUCAUCAGUGUAAUUAUUA